AUGUCAGAUAAACUUUUUGAUGAGGCAAAUAUAAGUUACACGACAUUCAUACGCACAACAGAUCAAAAACACAAAGAGACAGUAAAAUUCUUUUGGAAAAAAUUAGUAGAUAAUGGAUAUAUUUAUAAAGGAAAUCACGAAGGGUGGUAUUCUAUAUCUGACGAGACAUUUUAUAGUUCUUCUCAAAUUCAGGAAAUUCAAAACAAUAAUUCCGGAAACUGUGCUAAGGUAGCUAUAGAAACAGGUAAUCCAGUUGAAUGGGCUGAAGAGGAAAAUUAUAAAUUUCGAUUGUCUAACUUGAAAAAUAAAUUGAUAGAAUGGUUAGAUACAAAUCCUGAGGUAAUUGUUCCAUCAAACAAAUAUAAUGAGACAAAAUCCUUAAUAAUGACAGAUUUAAUUGAUUUAUCAAUAUCUCGACCUCGAUCUCGACUAAAUUGGGGAAUUAGUGUUCCUGAUGAUGUUGAACAAACCAUUUAUGUUUGGUUAGAUGCUUUAAUUAAUUAUUUAACUAUUACUGGAUAUCCAUGGAAUCAAAAUGAAAAAGAUGAAAAAAUUAUUAAUGCUUGGCCCGCAGAUAUUCAUAUAAUUGGAAAAGAUAUUUUAAGAUUUCAUGCAAUAUUUUGGCCUUCUUUCUUAUUGGCGGUAAAUUUACCAUUACCUAAAAAAAUUUUGACUCAUUCACAUUGGACGAUGGGAAAACAUAAAAUGUCAAAAAGUCGUGGGAAUGUAGUUGAUCCCUUUAUGUUGCUUGAUCGUUAUGGUGUUGAUGCCAUAAGAUAUUAUUUAAUGAGGGAUGGAGGAAUUUCUGAUGAUGGGAGUUAUUCAGAGAGUAAUCUUCAUACAAGAUAUCGAAAGGAAUUAGCAGGUCAACUCGGAAAUUUGGUAUCAAGAAGUACUUCAGUUUCACUUAAUCCAACAUCACUAGUUCCAACGUUUCCGCUUGAUAUUAAAGAAAAAGAUGUUAAUUUGACUAACUCAUUAAAGAAUUUACCAGGUCUGGUAGGAAACCAUUUUGAAAAUUUUGAAUUUAAUAAAGGUUUGAUAUGUAUUUUUGAAGCUAUCUCAGAGGUAAAUAAACUCUUUCAAUCUUAUGAACCAUGGAAUCUUGUUGAUUCCCUCGAUAGUUCACCUCAAAACCGUGAACUUUUAAAUCGAACCUUAUUCUUUGCUGCAGAGACUGCUCGUAUUUCUGGUAUAUUGCUUCAACCAAUAAUGCCAACUAAAAUGUCCACGUUAUUAGAUAAUCUUAGUAUUGGAAAAGAUGAAAGAAAAUGGAGUGAUGCUGUUAUGGGAAAUGGUUGGCCAUCAGUAAAAAAUGGAUCUGAAAUGAUGUUUAAAAUCAAAAAUAAGGAUGUACUGUUUCCAAAGUUGAAACAAUAA